UCCGCGACUUGUAGUUCCUGUCCAACAGACAGUUAGUAGGUAAGCCAAAAGCGUUGGUUUUGAAGCAUAGCGCAAAUAUUUAACAGUCACAAUUGUGGAUGCGCAUAUUUAUUUGUAUUUCUUAUAGUGUGUCGCUUAGAUGCAGGAAACAACUGAAACUGACGGAAAUCCGCACAAGUUGUAACACGUGAUGCUAGUUAGCAACGUGGCUAAUUCUCAUGCUGUUUCACUAGUGACUGCGUCUAUAGACACCUUUAGAUAACGGGUUCCACUGCCAUUGACAUUUGUUGUGGCUUAGGCAUUGCAGUGUAGAUCGAUAGGUACAUUUUAUUUUUUUAGAGAACUACGAAGCCGCGGGUAUGGCUAGCAGCAGGAUGCAGCUGGAGCUGUCCCGUGUAGUUCAGGGAGGAAGUCGGGUGGGUGUCCUGAAGGGACUCGGCAAGACGGGGCAGCAUUCGCUGGAGGUUCCGGGGUGUCUUUUGUACACCCCCUUUGGCACAGUGCCCCACCUCACCCAGGACACCCUGCACACCAUGAGCAACCUCCCCUGUGCCACUCAGGUCACUUUGUCUAAUAUAGCAGAGCACCAGGAAGUAUUGGAGGAGUUUAAGGAUGGAUUCAGGAAGUUUGCAGGUCUUCACGAUACUGCGUUGUACUGCUCACUUCACGACCCUGCAACUGCCUGUCCCACAGGUUAUACCACGAACAAGACCGUGUCAGUGUGGGGCAGCGGUGGCCGGAUAGAGCUGACGGCGGCCAAGUUCAUGGCCCUCCAGAAGGCCGUGCAGCCCGACUGGUACCAGAGCAUGGCCGACGGAGAGACCUGGCAGAGCAACACGUCGCGCAAAAGGGUUCGAAAGUCGGUGGAUCGAACGCUCGCUCACUUAGACGAGUGUCUGCUGGUGCACCAGAACACGCAGGAGCUGGAGGGAGUCGGGGUGUUCGGGGUGGUGGAGGGGGGUGACAUCUUGGAGGAGAGGGUGCGCUCAGCGAGGGAGACGGCCAAGAGACCUGUAGCGGGAUUCUGCUUGGACGGCCUCCAGACGGGCGCCAUGGACCAGGCCCUGAGGAUCCAGCUCAUCAGCGCCGUGACCAAGGAGCUGCCUGAAGACAAACCCAGGCUGCUGCAGGGCGUGGGCCGACCUGACGAGGUGGUGGCGUGCGCGGAGGCCGGCGUGGACCUGUUCGAGAGCUUUUUCCCCUUCCAGGUGACGGAGCGAGGCUGCGCUCUCUGCUUCGACUUCGACAUCUCUCCGGACCCGGAGCGCGCAGGUAGAGCGCCCCCUGCAGUGCUGGAGCUGGAUGAAGAGAAGGACACGGCGGGGGAGACGCAACAGAAUGGAGACCUCAAUCGUGAAGAUCAAACACAGAUGACAUCCUUUGAAAUCAGUCUGAAAGACAAGAGGUACCAGGACGACCUGAGGCCCCUGGUGGAGGGGUGUGGCUGCUACUGCUGCAGGAACCACCAGAGGGCGUACCUGCAUCACCUGCUGGUGACCAAUGAGCUGCUGGCUGGAGUCCUGCUCAUGAUCCACAACACCACCCACUACCACGGCUUCUUCGCCGCCCUCCGAGAAGCCGUGGCCAGCGACAAGCUUGAGCUCCUCAAAAGAAGGCUGCUCGGUGACGGAGGCCGUCAGGCAGGAAGGAAGGAAUAGGAGGCGACCGCCAGCGCCGUCUAGGGACGAACCUGUGGCGCUGGUCUGGGGAGACCUUCGGAAUGACUCGCGCUGUGCGGCGCCAAAGCCACAUCUCCGGUUAAACGUGGGGGACGACACGAGAGGCAGAAAACUGUUUGAUGUUGGUGCCUCAGGUGUCCUGGUCUCACACCUGGAGGACAACAGGCGCGUUGAUCUGAAACGUUGUUGCCCGACUGAAUAACUCAGAGCAGAUCACAGCUAAAUAAAUGACCUGAAAAGAUGCCA